AUGCAGGCUGUUGUCAAGGUCUGGCUGAGGGAAAAUAAAUUUUCUUUGGUGGCUCUAGUAGAAGCCAGAGUUAGACAAGGUAAAGCUAAAAAAAUUCAAAAAAAGAUUAAUCCUCGAUGGGAUUGGUUAGAUAAUUAUGCUUCUCAUCUUUUGGGAAAAAUUUGGAUUGCUUGGGACCCUAUGGUGUUUGAUGUACAACUCAUUAAAGAAGCUACUCAAGUGAUGUUUUUGAAGGUUAGACACACUGCUACUGGAGUGGUUGUGCUUAUUUCUGCUAUUUAUGCUGCUAAUACAGUGCAAGAAAGAAGGAAAUUAUGGAGAAAUCUUAAAGAUCAGGCUAUUGUUAUUGAUUGUCCUUGGAUUGCUAUAGGAGACUGGAAUAUUUCUAGGUUUCAUUCUGAAAAAAUGGGGGGUUUAAGAGUGCCUCAGUACCUUCUUGAUGAAUUCAAUCAAGUGAUUAAAGAAAUCCAAAUAGAGGAGCUGCCUAUUAAUAAUGGUGGAUGGUCUUGGAGUAAUAAGCAAGGGAGAGAUAGAAGGAUCACUAUUAAGUUAGACAGAGUUCUUGCAAAUGAGGUGUGGCUUCACAAAUUUACUGACACUGCAUUUGACAGCUGCCUCUCUGUCAGACCAUUAUGGGAUGAGGUAGAGGAGCUGGUGUUCCAAGUGUGGAAUGAAUCAGUUGGAGGGAACCCUUUACACAAAUUACAGAAGAAGCUUCGAGCUGUGAAGGCUAUUAUUAGAGAUUGGAAUAAGAAGAAGAGUAAGCUUUCUGAGCAGGUUCAAGUAAUGACUGAGGAUUUACAUAAGGUUCAAAUGGAAUUGCUGCAAGAUCCUAUGAAUCCUGGUUUGAUUUCUAAGGAGAGGGAGGCUACUUUGAAGCUGCAAUCAACUCUGGAUUUAGAAGAAAUUUUAUGGUGUCAGAAAUCAAGGGUUAAGUGGCUUAAAGAAGGGGACAAGUGUUCAGCUUAUUUUCACAAUAUGGUCAAACAAAGGAGGUGUUAUAAUGCAAUAACUUGUUUGAAGCAUUCUGGGGGGGUAACGUCCUCUGAUCCUCAAGUGAUUAAGGACUGGCUUGUGCAAUAUUAUGAAGAGUUGUAUGCUGCUAAGGAUUCUGUUGUGACAGAAGAGCUUGAUAGGGAGGUUACAGCUGAGGAAAUUAAAAGGGUUGUGUUGGCUUUUAGUCCAGACAAAGCCCCUGUUCCAGAUGGCUUUCCAGCUAGAUAUUUUCAGAAAUAUUGGCAUAUUGUAGGUAAUGAUUUGACUAGUGCUGUUAUACAUUACUUUACUACUGCUGUGAUGCCUAUGGGAAUAAAUUCUACUUUUCUUGCUUUGAUUCCAAAGCCAAACCAUGGUGAUAAGUUAGAGAAUUAUAGACCCAUUGCUUUAGGCAAUCUUAGUUAUAAAAUCAUCACUAAAAUCUUGGCAAAUAGACUAAGUGUUGUUUUUCCUAAGAUUGUUGGGCUGGAGCAGUUUGCUUUUAUAAAGGGAAGAAGAAUUCAUGAUAAUAUUCUGUUGGUAACUGAUGUGAUCAAGAACUUUGGGCUGAAAACUACAGGUCCUGCUAUGGCUUUAAAGGUUGAUCUUAGGAAAGCUUAUGAUUCAGUUAGUUGGGAAUUUAUUCAUAAGACUCUCCAGGUUUAUGGUUUCAGUGCUCAAUGGAUAAAAUGGAUUAUGCAAUGUGUUACUUCUUCUAAGUUUUCUGUUCUUUGUAAUGGGGUGCCUACUGGUUAUUUCUCAGCUGGGAGAGGGAUUAGACAGGGCUGCCCUCUUUCUCCUUUACUUUUUACAUUAAUUACUGAUCAUUUCUCAACCCUUAUGCAUGAAAAAAUAGUAGGAGGGCAGAUUAAGCUGUGCAAUGUGGUUCAGAAGACUGGUUUGUUGGUAUCUCAUGCUUUUUAUGCAGAUGACCUUUUUAUUAUUGUGAAGGCAGACCUUUCCACUGCUAAGACAGUUGAUGAGGUGCUUAAACGGUUUCAUGGGGUUUCUGGGCUUGAAGUUAACAAAGACAAGAGUUCAGUUAUAUUCUCUAAGGCUGUCAGAGGGAAGAGAAGGAUUUUACAGCUUUUGCAAAUGAAGAAUGAAGUUUUCCCUUUAAAAUACCUUGGUAUUACCCUAGAAGACUUGAGCUUAUCAGAUCAGUCUUAUAUUCGUUCUUGUAUCAUUGGGUUUUUGGAUUUAAAAUUCCAUGGGGCUGUAUUAUUGCUUUGGAGAAAAAGUUCAAACACUUUUUGUGGAGUGGGAAAUUGGAGUCAAGUCAAAUGGAGUCAAGUCACACUUCCUUAUGCAGAAGGUGGCUUUAAUUUACGUAGAAUUUCUGAUAUUGAUUUUGCAGCUAAGGUAUCUAUUUGCUGGGAUUUUUUGAGGAAUAAGGAGACUCUUUGGGUGCAAUGGAUGCAUGCUAAAUACUUACAACAAUAUAAUUUCUGGAUGGUUACUCCAAAAGCUCAGGAUUCAAGUAUUUGGAAACAAAUUCUGGAGACAAGAGACUUCAUUCAAGAAAAUGUGGUGUUCAAGAUUGGUAAUGGUGGAUCUUUUAAUAUGCUAUUUGAUCCUUGGUGUGUAGGUUUGUCCCUGACUCAGAGAUUUGGUGCCACCAUGUUCAAAAAUUUUGAUAAACAAGCUAAACUAGAGACACUUAUAGUUGAUGGUGGGUGGGUUUUCCCUCCUUUCUUUCCAGAAAUUGCUGCUGAGUUUGUUGCUAAUGUACCUUUGAAGGCUGGAAAUGAUGAGAUUAGUUGGACCCAUGGUGAAUUCAGCUUGAAAAAUGCUUGGGCUGCUUGUAGAACUAGGGGACAAGUGGUCAGGGGGAAGAGUUUGUGCUGGAAAUAUUACAGACCAAGAGUUGCUGCAGAGGAUACUAAUAACCAUCUAUUCUGUACUUGUGAGUAUGCGGUGGAAGUGUGGCAACAGGUUGUUAUUUGGUUAAAUAUUACUGAUAUACGGUUUCAAGAAUUAAGUGUGUUUGUGGAGUGGAUGUUGCAGCUUACACAAGUUAAGGGCUUCAAAUCCAAGUUGUUAAAAGGGCUGUUUGUUGUUUUUGUUUGGAAGAUUUGGAUGGAAAGGAAUGCAGCUUUACAUAGUGGUUCCAAGGUUUCAUCUGCUGCUGCUGCGAAUGAUAUUAUUUGGGAAGUUUUAAACUUCUUUUCUCUUGGGCUUGCUGAUAUGCUCGCUAUAUUUGAUGUUGGGUAA